UUCUGCGCCGGUAUUUCAAGUCAAGCUAACAACUUGCCGGUCCUGUUGCUCAGCAGACGAAACAUCCUUCUCACUCAAAGAAGACACAAACAAGGGGGCUAUCAUUUGGCACCAUCUAAAGAAAGGCUAACACCUCAUUAUACCGUUAUGCCGGAGUCUUGAGGUUUUUUUUCUCCUUGAUGUGCAUGACACGGCGUAAUAUGACUCACCGUUAACUGCUCCUUCUGCAUAUUCUGGUAUUUAUCAGUUUAUAACGUUUCUGUUGAGUUAUGCAUCAUUUGGUAAUCCUUGUACUUUUUGGUGCGCUACUCUGUGCGCCCCACCAGUGCUUGGAGUGCCCAUCAGGCUGCCAAUGCUUUGCUGGCACGCGCACAGUAAAAUGCGUUUCCAAGGACCUUCGCUCCAUACCACAAGAUAUUCCAGGAUACACAAGGAAUGUGAUCAUCACAGGACACAAUAUAUUCAGAAUUGGAUCAGAGACAUUUCAAGAACUGAAAAAUGUCACCACCAUCAUUUUGAGCAACAAUAGGAUCACAGAGGUUGCGUCCCACAGCUUCUCUACCCUUUCCUACCUGCGCUCCCUGGACAUGAGCUGCAACCAUCUGACUCUCAUCCACCCUGAAGCCCUCAACAUCCCAGGGAGUCCUCUAAAGGAGCUCAACCUUAGCCGCUCCCUCUAUAACUACACCUCACUGACAGAUCUCACCACCGCACUGCGCUGGGGAGGCCUAGGAGGGUUGCUCAGCCUAGACCUCUCCGGGAACCGCCUGGUCUUCCUACCCCCAGGGAUGUUCUACCACCUCCCUAGCCUGCAGCACCUCUUCCUUGGUAACAACUCCCUAGCAUCGGUCUACAACGGCACCUUCUUUGGCCUGCGCCGCCUGGAGCUGCUUGACUUGACCCGCAACUCUUUCAGGGCGUUCCAAGGUGAUGCUCUGGGGGAGCUGGAAAGGCUGGGGCAAGCCCCCCGCAUCCUGCUGAGCCACAACCCCUAUGUCUGCACAUGUGAGAUCCAAGACUUUGCUGUGUGGCUUAAGAAUUCCCAGGCUCAGGUGGGGGAUGCAGAAGCCCUGACCUGCGCCUCACCCUGGGAGUUUCAGGACAGGCCCCUGCGGGCACUCGGGGUCCAAGUUGUCGGAUGCCAUGCCACUUCACCACCUCUGGUCGGAAUCAGAGAUGAGGUGGGCGACCUCUCCCUGCAGACCUCCUACGUCCUCCUGGGUCUGGUGCUGGGCUUUGUGGGCAUGGUCUUCCUCUUUGUGCUCUACCUCAACCGGCAAGGUAUUAAAAAGUGGGUGGUGGAGACGCGAGAUGCCUGCCAUGAAGUGUUGGAGGGGUAUCACCACCGCUAUGAGAUCGACACUGACCCACGCCGGGAAUACCUCUCAAAAGACGUCAGAGUCGAAGAGAAGCCACCGACAAACAGUGGUUUUGGACAGGCUCACUCAGAUAACCGCUUAUCACAGCUACCCACUGACACCUGUUUAGUUCAGAUCCCCUCAGACACACAGCUCAAACCAGGCUCCAUCUCGGUGGAUUUGUGAUUCCUCAUUCCCUGGAAUGGAACUGGACUGGAGUGGACUUGCAUUCAGGUUUGGGUAGGUUACUUUCUAAAUGUAAUCUGUUACAGUUACUAGUUACCUGUCCAAAAUGGUAAUCAGUAACGUAACUUUUGGAUUACCCAAACUUAGUAAUGUAAAUCGGUUUACUUUCCCCUUAUUAGAAGUAGAUAUAAAUUAUCCAUACACACACAUAUGGUGUGUCAUCAUAGUGGUCUCUGACUUGUGGUCAGACUUGCUCUGGUGGAACUAAUUUAAACCUGUUCUUUUAUCAAUGCUGAAUUAAAUGUCAUUGAGAAAACAGCAGACAUCCUUUAUGAAUUUGAAAGUAAUCUUCUAGUUUUUCAAAAGCAUCUGUAAUCUGAUAUUUUGGGCUGGUAACAUAACUGAUUAAAAGUACAUUUUUUUCUUUUGUAAUCAGAUUACAUAUCAUCAGUUUCUGCCCAACCAUGCACACAUGUGUGAGGGACUUACCUGUAUCAUAUAUUUCUGUACAAUAUGUUGAAUAUAAUUACAUAACCUAUGUAAGCAUAAAAAUGUAUAACAGUUCUACAGUUUAUCCUUACAUAAGUGAUGUAAUUACACUAUUUAAUGGAGAGACUAUUUUAAGUGUGAACAGCCGGGCUCGUGGUACCUGCAUAGCCUUGAUGCCUCUCUUGCUGUGGCCACAUUUUUACUAACUUGCAUAGAUUUAACCAAGUUGCUAUCCAUCUUUGGUGUUGUAUGUAUUAUUAUAUUAUACUUUGUGGGUCUUAUUGACAUAUCUAGAUGGAACCAAAGCAAUAUAGCCUAUCUGAAGGGUCUUGACUGCAAAACUAACCUUGAACGUCUACUCUUUUGGGAAGAAUGAAUGAUUCUACACUGCACUAAGUCAUAUCUUCGUCCUUAACUGACUUUGUAACCAGACGUGGCAGGGCAAGACAGAAAGAAAGGGCACAUAUUUCCAGAGUGCAGAAGUGAUGUGGUAUUGAAGUGAUGAAGCAGGAUCUAGUGUGGUGUAUAAACUCACGUGCAUAACUUACCAGUGUUAUGUAAAGAUAAUUGAAAUGAAACAAUUGUAAAAACCCCUUUGUGGUGCUGAAUAAAAACAUGUUUUCAAGAUGUUA